AUGAGUACUGCUGAAGAAAUUGAGAAGCAGAUCGGGGAUCAAGGAAAUGCUGUGCGUAAGUUGAAAGCUGACGGUGCUGAAAAGACUGUCAUUGAACAAGAGGUUGAAAAGUUAAUGAAAUUGAAGCUAUCGUAUAAAGAGGUUACCGGACAGGAUUUCCAAGCUGCUGGUGGACGAGCACCAAAAGCACCAAAGCAAGCUAAACCACAACCCAAAAAAGAGGAAAAGAAGCAAGAUGGGAAAAAACAAACCAAGCUUGGAAUUUCGGUGAGAAAGGAUGAUAACUAUUCUGAAUGGUACAGUGAGGUCAUCAUAAAGGCUGAAAUGAUAGAGUAUUACGACGUUUCCGGAUGUUAUGUAUUACGUCCGUGGUCCUAUGCUGUUUGGGAGUUCAUAACCAACUUCUUUGAUGGAGAAAUCAAGAAGCUUGGUGUUAAAAAUUGCUAUUUCCCAAUGUUCGUUAGCAACGCAGCUCUUGAAAGAGAGAAGACUCAUAUUGCUGAUUUCGCCCCUGAAGUUGCUUGGGUGACUAGAGCAGGAUCAUCCGAAAUGGCUGAGCCUAUCGCCAUUCGUCCUACAUCAGAAACAGUUAUGUACCCUUCUUACAAAAAAUGGGUUCAGUCUCAUAGAGAUCUCCCUAUAAAGUUGAACCAAUGGUGUAACGUUGUGCGCUGGGAAUUCAAACAUCCAACUCCUUUCCUCAGAACCCGUGAAUUCCUCUGGCAGGAAGGACACACAGCUUUCGCUACUCCAGAAGAGGCCGAAAAAGAAGUUUUCCAAAUCUUAGAUUUGUAUGCUCGUGUUUACACUGACUUACUGGCUAUUCCAGUAGUCAAAGGCCGCAAGAGUGAAAAGGAGAAGUUUGCUGGAGGAGAUUUCACUACUACAGUUGAAGCUUACGUUCCUUGCAACGGAAGAGGAAUACAAGGUGCCACAUCUCACCAUCUGGGACAGAACUUCUCCAAAAUGUUCGACAUUUCUUAUGAAGAUCCCAAUAAUGGAGGAAAAACUUAUGCUUGGCAGAAUUCUUGGGGUCUUUCCACAAGAAGUAUCGGAGCAAUGAUCAUGAUUCAUGCCGACGAUAACGGCUUAGUUCUUCCACCUAGAGUAGCAUCGAUACAAGCUAUUGUUGUUCCUGUCGGAGUUACUGCUAAUACCACAGAAGAGGAAAAGGCAAAACUUACUCAAAAUGCUGUUGGCAUCACAGGAACACUCGUCGAUGCUGGAGUUCGCGCCGAGUCCGAUCUCAGAGAUAAUUACUCUCCUGGAUGGAAGUUUAAUCACUGGGAGCUUAAAGGUGUACCGAUCCGUCUCGAACUUGGUCCUAAAGAUCUUGCUGCUCAACAAGUUACUGCGGUUAUUCGACACAGUGGGGAGAAGAAACCUAUUAAACUAGAAAAUAUUGGUGAGAGUAUCACUCAAAUUUUGGAAGAAAUUCACCACGAGAUGUACAAGAAGGUACUUAUUAAGCGUGAUGAACACAAAAAGCUUUGCACAGACCUGACCGAGUUCAAGAAACUUCUUGACGAGAAAUACAUUCUGUUGUCGCCUUUCUGUGGCAUUCCAGAUUGUGAGGAUGAAAUUAAGAAAGCUACUACUCGUGAAGAUGGUGAAGGGGCACAGAUGGGAGCUAAAACUUUGUGUAUUCCUUUGGAACAGCCAUCAGAAACUCUUCCAUCUAAGUGCAUUUUCCCAGCAUGCAACAAACCUGCUAAAUUCUUCGCUUUGUUUGGACGCAGUUAUUAA